UUUUUUUUUAAUAUAUGUCGUCUCCUGACUAUGAUCUAGAUGCUUGUAAGGCCAUGACAGCUGGUUGGAAUCAAGAUCCUCAGAAAUAUCUAGACCGUUAUUAUGAUUGUUACAUACACAAGAAAUUAGAAUCGGUGUACUUGCGAAGAUCACCUAAUGAACUUGUGGUCAUGGGUUUACGUUCUUUACCACCCACUGACAAUAUCACUGUGGAAUUGGAAAUGGAUCUUAUCAAGACCAAAGUCUCCCCUGGUACAAUGGUGGCACGGAUCAACAAUGAGCCUGUCUUUGCCACUGUUCACGGUACACUCUUGGAACUGAACCAACGUUUAUUAUCUGAACCAUCUCUUCUUGUCACCGACCCGAUCGUCCAAGGAUUCAUCGCCAUUAUCAUGCCCAAACAAGGCCAACCUGCCAAGAUUCUUCACGAGUUCAUUCAAGUUGACCAACUUUAACCAUUGUUAUUAUUAUUAUAUAUGUACAGUUUCCACCAUUCAUUUUAUAAAAUAUCUCUUUUACACACACCAAUGAUACUACAGUUACCCUCAGAUGUCAUAUCUUAUAUUUUUCAUAUAUCAACCCAUAAUAAAAAAAAAAGUAUAUACACACAUUUCACUCUUACUUAA